CACGUAUUAAAAAGACUCUGUCCUGUGUUGUCAUCCUCGGCUCUUCGCUCUUAUAAAUCGGAAGCAUCUUCCAGACCCUCAUCCAAAAACCCCAAUGUUAGUCUCACUUACACCUUCCACCUCCGCUCUCUUCACUCCAUUCCUUGAGGACGGAAGAUGCUGGCUUUCCGUUCAAUCCUCACCGAAUUCCCUCAUCAGAUUCCAAAGAUCGUUUCCUAAAAUCCGAGCUUCGGCCGGCAAUGCAUCUUCUCUCGAAACAGCGUCUGAAAUGCCAGAUGUAAGUACUGAACUAGAUGCCGUAUCAAGAUUCAGUGAGAUUGUUCCUGAUACUGUCAUCUUCGACGAUUUCGAAAGGUUUCCACCGAAAGCUGCCACCGUCAGCUCUUCUCUUCUUCUAGGAAUCUGCAGCCUUCCAGAUACGAAAUUCAAGAGUGCUAUUGAAACUGCUCUUGCGGAUGGAGAGUGCUGUGCUGAACAGGAUUCUAGCAUUCGGCUGUCUUGUUUCUUUGAUAAGGCUUUAGCAAAUGUUGGAGCCGACCUGGCACAGUUAGUCCCUGGUCGGGUGUCGACUGAAGUGGAUGCUCGUUUGGCUUAUGAUACAAAUGGCAUCCUUCGGAAGGUACAUGAUCUGCUGAAGUUGUACAAUGAAAGAGAGGUCCCUCCAGAGCGUCUACUGUUCAAAAUUCCUUCAACUUGGCAAGGGAUAGAGGCUUCGAGGUUGCUUGAGUCUGAAGGCAUACAGACACAUCUGACAUUUGUUUAUAGCUUUUCACAAGCAGCAGCUGCAGCUCAAGCUGGUGCUUCAGUUAUCCAGAUUUUUGUUGGCCGCAUUAGGGAUUGGGCCCGCAAUCAUUCUGGUGAUCCCGAGAUAGAAGCUGCCUGUAAAAGAGGAGAAGAUCCUGGAUUGGCUCUGGUAACCAAGGUCUACAAUUACAUUCACAGAAAUGGACAUAAAUCAAGGCUGAUGGCUGCAGCAAUUCGCAACAAGCAAGAUAUAUUCAGCCUUCUGGGGGUUGAUUACAUUAUUGCACCAUUGAAGAUAUUGCAGUCGCUCAAAGAAUCAGUUGCCCUGCCUGAUGAGAAAUACUCGUUCACCAGUAGGCUGUCUCCAGUUUUUGCCAGUGGUUACAGUUUCAGCAAAGAAGAGCUUGUAGAGUGGGACCAACGGAACUUCGCAUCAGCAAUGGGACCCGCAGCUGAAGAGCUUCUAGGUGCUGGACUGGAAGGCUACGUUAAUCAAACAAGGCGUGUAGAGGAGUUUUUCGGAAAGAUAUGGCCACCCCCAAAUGUUUGAAGUGCUGUAGAUCAUUAGUGGAGCAGAAUCCAUUGUGAAAAAUAAAGAAGAUUAGGCUUAACAAGGUGAAGAAGGAAUCUAUGUGAGUUUAUAUAUAUAUAUAUAUAUAUAUAUAUAUAUGCACUUAGCUGAGUAAUUUGUUGUUAUAUUGAAUAAUCAUGCUUAUUAGAAAAUAAACAUCUCAUCUGUAACAGACAAUUGUGCUGUUUUAGAUUAAUGGUAUGUGUCGGAAUCUCUGUCCUUA